AUGCUAAAAUCAGGAAACGAUCUACUACGGGUAGUACAGCUGCAACCAUCAAAGCAAAUUUACACGCUAAUACAGGAGCCAGCACAGAAGCAACCACGACAAGAGAAACCCACGUGGCUACGGGAGGAGCUACCGGGGCAAAUCAAGGCUAGACUCUGGCUCAAGGCGUCCACAAAAACCACCAAGAGCGCAAAUCGUGCUCAGCCGCACAGAGAAACCAAAGGGGAGCCGCAGCCAGUGCAAGGAGCACAGUUACAAAGCACCAGAGGUCUAGCUCGGGAAAAGCGAGCAGAAAAACCAGUAGAAGAGUCAGAUGAUGAGUCUGAACAAGAUUAUGAUAAUAACAACAACAGCAGCGAUGAUAACGAUAGCGACAACAUGAUUAUUUCGGAAGGCGAUGUGGGCAAUGGAGCUGGGUCCAGCACAACGCAAAAUGGUUGUUCCUUUGCGAACGAAAGCCAAACCGAAUAUCGUCCGGGUGGCUAUCAUCCCGUGAGCACUGGCGAUGUGUUUCGUCAUCGCUAUUAUCCUCUUCGCAAGCUCGGCUGGGGACACUACUCUACCGUCUGGCUGUGCUUCGAUACUCGCGAGGAUCGCUAUUGUGCCAUUAAGCUGCUCAAAUCCGAGGAAGUCUAUACAAAUGCUGCACGUCAUGAGAUCAAGCUGCUGCGCUUCAUAGCCACGCUUAACUGGCAUCCAUUGCACGAGCGCCUUGUGAACCUAACCGACAGCUUCACCGUCAAGGGCGUCAAUGGCUCUCACAAGUGUCUGGUGCUCGAUGUGCUGGGCGAGAAUAUGCUGACGCUCAUACAGCGCUCCCAAUAUCAUGGCAUACCGCUGCACAAUGUCAAGCAGAUAGCACACCAGGUGCUGCAAGGUCUCAGCAUGCUGCACGACGAGUGCCGCAUUAUACACACGGAUCUCAAGCCGGAGAAUGUGCUGCUCACAGCGAACGAGGAGACUGUGCGUAAGCAGGGUCACUUUGCUUGCCAUAACUAUUUGAUGAACACAAGUCAAAAUCAGGAAGAGGAAGAUAAGCGCCGCGUGGCCAACGGGGAGGUGGCUCCCAAGUCGACACAGCAGAAGAGACGUACGCGUCUGCCCUUUUUCUACUCGCAUAUUAAAUGGCUGCGUCAGCGUGGCGUUGCCGAUCUGCUGCUGUUGGCCGAGCAGGGGCUGCUGACAAGAAAAAUGGCUGUGGAUUGUGUGACCAAUAAGCUGCCCCAUAUUCCAUUUAACGAUCUGUGCAUACUUACGCCAACGGAUGUGGAGACUUUUAGGCAAUUGCAGUUUCUGGAGCAGGUCGGCGAGGACGCCAAGAAGCGUGUCCAGACACGCAGCAUGACGCGUGCCGAAAACCAAAGACGCGACGCCAAGCACAACAUACAAGUCUCCAAAACGGUCAAGCUACUAUUUGAAAGUCCGGAGAGUUUCAUGCGCUAUGUGCAGCAGCGCGUCAAGAAGGAGGAUAGUGAUGAUACUGCUUAUUGUCGCUAUCUUAGUCGCAAAGCUCGUAAAGGCAAAAAGCCGCGGCGUCGCUCUAGCAGCCCAUCCACCCCCAGGCCGGAGCCCAGACUGCAUUUUGAGGAGUACAAGGAUCCAGCGCUGGUGCCUUGCAAGGUGUCGGUGACCAUUGCGGAUGUGGGAAAUGCUUGCUUCAUCGGUAAUCACGUAUCCGAGGAUAUACAAACGCGCGAAUAUCGCGCUUUGGAGGUUAUUCUAGGUGCUGGCUAUAACACCUCAGCGGAUAUCUGGAGCGCUGCUUGUCUGAUCUGGGAACUGGCCACGGGCGAGUAUUUGUUUUACCCUAGCAAAGGGCCAAAGAAUAUAUCACUUGACGAGGUACACCUUGCACUCAUCAUAGAGCUGUGUGGCGAGAUACCAGACGCGGUUAUCGAUCGUGGUGAAUAUUCGAGUGACUUUUUUACCAAGGAUCGCAAGUUGAUCAAUUGCAAGAACUUGAAGCCGCGCAGCAUGCAGCAAAUUCUAAUGGAAAAGUUCAAAUGGUCGCUAAAAAAGGCCAAGGAGCUUGAAAGCUUUCUUAUGCCCAUGCUGCGCUUAGAUCCAGCAUUGCGCUGUACGGCUCAAGAGGCACUGAAUCAUCCUUGGCUGCGUUUGGAUCCUUAG